GGUACGUUUGCAAACAAACGAGAAAAGGGAAGAAAGACAAAAUGUCUUUCGUUUGAUAGUUAUAUGAAUAAUGAAUGAGUCCACAGCAGACAGUGAUUGUGAUACCAGCAGUUCCGAGGGAGAGUAUAAUAUUGUGAAGAAAAAUGUACCUCACAAAUGAACGACAAGUUGACGACAACAAAUCAGGUGUUAAUUGUGCGAACCAUUCACAAGAAAAUAAACUGGAUUGGAGUUUGAAGCAUAAUGCAGUGUCAAGCUUUGAAUCUCCCCAUUUUGAGUUUGCACACUGGAGUCCAGAGCCACCAGCUGGUCUGCAUUUCAUGUGUCUAGUUCCAUUCAACAGAGGCUAUACUUGCAAUCAAGACAGUCACGUGGGCAAGAUCAGAACCUCAUCCACGCACAGGAAACAACGACUCAAAGAAUUCAAAAGUGGAAAAACAACAGGAAGAAAUAUUCUUGAUGACCGGAAAUUGAGAACAGCAGCUUGUGAAAACAAUUGUUCUGUAGUUGUGGAGCUGCUAGAGAGUGGGGUUGAUCCAUCAAGCGGCGAUGCUAAGGAACGGACUGCACUGCAUUUUGCAGCAUCCCAGGGCUAUGAAACCAUAGUGAAGAUCCUGCUAGAUCACGGAGCAGAUGUUAACAAGAAGGAUGUGUUAGGAAAUACGCCUCUUCACCUAGCUGCCUGUACCUGUCAAGUGCAUGUCGUGACACUACUUUUACGAGCAGGCACGGAUGUGAAAUCGAUGGAUAAAUAUGGUCGGACUCCACUCUCACUCGCCAAAUCUCGCCUUAAUUUCCUUUCUCAGGACAAGAAUGCAUCUUCAGAACAGCUCAAAAAAGAAGUGCAAGAUCUGUCUGAGAUGAUGUCCACGUAUCUGAGUUUGUCUGGUAUGCAGGACGACUCCCAGCAACUCGACCAGCUGUGUGAACAGCUUCAGCAGACCACAACCCGUGACGAGGUGGACGCCAUCAGUAAUCUGCUGUACAACUUCACCAACAUGACCAUACAGAAAGAACAACAACACCCUAGUUGAGACCGACAGACUGCGACGAGGUGGACACCAUCAGUAAUCUGCUGUACAACUUCACCAACAUGACCAUACAGAAAGAACAAUAACACCCCAGCUGAGACCGACAGACUGCGACGAGGUGGACACCAUCAGUAAUCUGCUGUACAACUUCACCAACAUGACCAUACAGAAAGAACAACAACACCCCAGCUGAGACCGACAGACCGCGACGAGGUGGACACCAUCAGUAAUCUGCUGUACAACUUCACCAACAUGACCAUACAGAAAGAACAACAACACCCCAGCUGAGACCGACAGACUGCGACGAGGUGGACACCAUCAGUAAUCUGCUGUACAACUUCACCAACAUGACCAUACAGAAAGAACAACAACACCCCAGCUGAGACCGACAGACCGCGACGAGGUGGACACCAUCAGUAAUCUGCUGUACAACUUCACCAACAUGACCAUACAGAAAGAACAACAACACCCCAGCUGAGACCGACAGACUGCGACGAGGUGGACGCCAUCAGUAAUCUGCUGUACAACUUCACCAACAUGACCAUACAGAAAGAACAACAACACCCCAGCUGAGACCGACAGACCGCGACGAGGUGGAUGCCAUCAGUAAUCUGCUGUACAACUUCACCAACAUGACCAUACAGAAAGAACAACAACACCCCAGCUGAGACCGACAGACUGCAACGAGGUGGACGCCAUCAGUAAUCUGCUGUACAACUUCACCAACAUGACCAUACAGAAAGAACAACAACACCCCAGCUGAGACCGACAGACUGCAACGAGGUGGACGCCAUCAGUAAUCUGCUGUACAACUUCACCAACAUGACCAUACAGAAAGAACAACAACACCCCAGCUGAGACCGACAGACCGCGACGAGGUGGACACCAUCAGUAAUCUGCUGUACAACUUCACCAACAUGACCAUACAAAAAGAACAACAACACCCCAGCUGAGACCGACAGAUAAAAGACAGGGGAAAUGUUCCUAGAGCUGUCAACAUAGGCAUCAUUAAUGAUUUGUAAAUUUGAAAAGAAAACACCAUCCGACUGAUGUUAUAAACAGAAAAAUACAUCAAAUAUGAAAGAUUUGUAGUUGUUGAUAAGACCAAAGAAAGAAAAGUCAGUAUUCCUACUGAAAGGAGAGACAACUUUUAAUUGUAGAUUUUAAGAAAAUAUAAUUAUAAUUACAGUAGAAUCUCAUAGUGGGUCAUAAUCAGAAAGGUCGAAUGCACCACAACGCUUGCACCAAAGCAAAGUCCUGAAUUACACUUAUACAUUGUUGGCCAGAUGGUUAUGUCAAACUACCCUGUGGGUCGAACACUUUCUCAAGCACCGACGGGAUUGGAGCCAACGGGCUUCAACUGUGUAUAUAUGAAAUUUCCAUUCAAACUAAUAUGGAGAGCAUUAUUCAUAGAAGACAUAUUUAUAUAUACUUCAACAAGACUAAUAAAGAGAUUGAUCAGUAUUCGCACCGAUUGGAGAUCCAGCUUUUAAAUGUGGAUUUCAAGGAAAUAUAUAUAUUUUCAAAUUAUCUCUAUUCCAACUGAAAUGGAAUUAUCCUUCAUGGUCAGAACAGCAUAUUAUGAUGAUGUUUAAUCAUAUGCAUACAGGCUCCCAUUUUCAUAGGAGGGGGGAUGUGGAAGGCUGGUUCUUGCCCGAAUUAAACGAAAAUGCCCAAAUCUGGAUAACAACAUUUAUUCAUAUUACAGGGUUCUUACAUAUCCUGCAAAUCCUGGAAUGUCCUUCAAUUUUGUGAUUUUAAAAUCCAGGCCUGGAAUGUCCUGGGAAAUUACAUUAAAUUUGAUUGUGUCCUCGAAAUUAGGCAAAACAUUUGGUGUUUUUUUUGUUGUUGUUGGGAUUGUUUGGGGUGUUUUUUGGGAGGGGGGGGGGGGGGGGUGCAUCUUUACUUUUGUUGUCCUCAUAACCUGUCUAAAUUCAUACAACAAUUUGUUAUAAAAACAUUCAUUGAUUGAAGAUUUCAUGUCAUGGACAUUUUUUUUUAAUGUCUUGGAAAUGCCCUUGAAUUUUAUGUUUCUUCAAGUGUAAGAACCCUGUAUUAGCAUUACUGCCAAACAAACCGCUACACAUUUUUACACGGAUUACAACAGUUACUAAUUUUGAGGGUAGAAUGGUGGAAAUACAUGGUAAAAAGGUCUCAUGUUACCUCAUUUUGCCCGAAUAUCUCUAUAAUUUUUGCCCAAAUUUUAGGUUUUGCCCUCCUGUCUCCUACGCUUAUGUGUUCAAUGUACCCAUCAUGAAGCAUGAGUUAAAUUAAAAAUAACUAGCGUUUUGUGAAAGCAGGUAUGAACUGUAGGACAAUGCCUUUUUAAAAGAUUCUGUGUGAAUGUGAUAAACUAAUAUUAAUAAACAGGACUGAAACAUAAUUAUUUUCAUAUGUAUUGCUUUCUGUGUGGUGUACAUAUAUAAAUAGCCAUUGUUCUGAACACUUAACAAGUCUUUAUCAUUUAUUAUAGUUUUCAAAUAA